AUGGCGGCUUCGCCAGAGACGCCAGUGCGGCGAGCAAAGCUCAAGACCGCAUUGGUCCUUGCGGGUGUUUCAAAGUCACCCAGUCCAAGCCCAUCUGUUGCUUUUGAUGCGGAGUCGCCUGCACCAUCACCGUCACCCUCCGCGUCCCCGCGCGAUUUAAGAAGCGCUGCAGCGGCUGCAUUGCGGUCGCCUGCUGCAAGUGCGGCGCAAGUUCCGACUGAAGCCAAUGCCGAGGAUGGCGACAGCGUACGGAAACGGAGAGCUGGAGCAGCUGGACGGUUGAAGGCCUCCGUUAUGUCGGCGGUUCAGGCAAGCCCGGAGUUUUUUCCCGACGAGGAUGCGACUCCAAGCGCAUCCCCCAGCGGUCGACCUGGAGCCGUCCCCAAGCUCAAGGGUUGGUUGCCAUCAGGUUCUGCCAGUCGUCUGGAUGUGGACGAGAUGGAAGAAAGUGAUGCAAAGGUGGCAGGUGAAAAAAGUGAAAGAAGUGGUAAGGGAAGGGUGUUCAGACGUCGAAGCAGCGGCGGGUUCAAAACGGUAGCCUUGCAUGGGCUGGCGGCUUUUUCUGCAUUAAAGUCGGAGCUCGACGCGAGGAACCAGGAUGCAGACGAGGACAAUGCUGUGCAAAACCCCAACGAGGUCAUUCUGCCCCCAGAUGACGACAGCGACGAUGAGGAAGAGGAAGAGGCAGAGCGUGACUUCCUCUCCGCUUUGCAGCGUGUUCAGAGCAGCGGAAAGCUCUCCAUGCGCGAGCUGUUGUCAUGCGGCAAGGAGCUCAGGCAGCAAACCAUCUUCCAGGAUAAACCUGAUGCCACCAUCAUCGCCGGGUUCCGAUCUGCCAAGUACCUGGACGUGCAAGGAAACGAAGUUCUCUGGAGCAGGGGUGGGCUUUGCGACAGCAUCCUCGAAGCAGAGUCACCUCUCGUCCUUCUGCUGAGCGGCAAGGUCAGCGUUGCCAAGCCAGGCCUCCCCGAAGGGGAGAAGAUGCACAAGGGUGGCGUGGUAAAUGCUGGCGAUCCAGAUGUGCUUGGCAUGGUGGUUGAGCAGGAGUGCUCUGUGCUUUAUGUGGACCUACCGCGUGUGGAGAAGGACAUGGCAGACCUGCAGGCAGCGCGUGAGCAAGUGGAGCGCGAGCUGCGGAGGGGAAGGCAGCCAGCUACGUGGCCAGAGGAGCUCAUCAACCAGCUGGUUUUAUGCAUCCAGGACCUUCCUUUCUUUGAGGACUUUGCCUUCCCACAACUCCGGAGUUUGGCACGCGGCCUCCGUUUCCAGAGCGCCCGCGAGGGUGAAGCGCUGCCGCAGCCACUCCACCUGCCAGAGAAGCCAGAGCCAUCAUCACUGGUGGUGCUGUGGGAAGGCAAGGCAGGCAAGUAUCGCCGGGUGUCAUCGGAGGGAAACCCACUUAUUACGGCAGCCAGCACAGCACAGCUCGACCACCUCGCCCCCGUUGCGGAGCAAGGCCAGCAAGGCAUCAAAAAAUCGCUGAAGACUGGUGCGUCCAUGGCCCCCUCAGACAAGAAGGACGGAAUGCUGCCCGAUCUUGUGCCGGACCUGGAAGAAGAGGUGAAGUCCCAGGCCGACAAUGGCAAGGUGUACCUGAAGCGCUACGGCGACCUGCGACUAGGUUUCGUGCUCGGGCAGCGCGACAUGGUUGACCCGGGAGGGCCCAAAAUGCACGAGCCCACUGUGCGAUGCGAGGGCCGCUGCAAGAUUCUGCGCUUGUUGCGGCGCGACUAUCUCCACUGCCUCAAGGAGGCGCAAGUCGAGAAGCACUGCAUUGUGCAUGCGCUGCGGAACAUCCCUCCCUCCAGGCCGGGUGAGCCCCACCAUCGCUCCGAGGAGCAACUCUCGCUUUUGGCCAAACUGGUGAAAAACACUCCUGAGUUAAAAGGCUUUGAGAGGCCAACGCUAAUGCAGGUGCUUGGCGCUGCCACCUACAUUAAUGCUGGCCCAGGCCACGUCCUCUGUAAACAAGGGCAAAUCGGAGACCGGUUUUAUGCCAUCAUCGAAGGCCUGGUCAGCAUACAUGUCCGGCCGAAGUUGGCCCUGGAGGAGGGACAUGCAAUGAGUGCAGUCGCCGAGAGGAGUGGCAACAGCGCUUUUGUCAAGGCGAUGCUGACAGCCCUUGUGGCUGAGCGUGCGUCCCGGCCAGCAAUUCCAGAGCCAGCUCAGAAGGAUCAGAAGGAUCAGAAGGUAGGAUCGAAAGAAAGGAAAGGGGCCUCCGCCUCCGUGGAGAUCUCACCGAGCCCUAGUUCCAGCAUUGCGCCCUCCGCAGCUGGAUCCAUGACGCCGGCGUCCUUCCCGGACCUCCCCAGAGGAGCUAUGCGUCGGCGCAAAGGUGUGCGCAUGGUUUUGGGUGACGAGGGCCCAAAAGACUCAAAAGACUCUUCCGAAGCCAAGCGGGGCUCCGUCAAGAUUCAGAUUCAGUUUGCUGAGCCGACGCAGGAACCACCUUCCCUACCGCCCUCGCCACAGGCUCAGCCACCCGACUCACCCGACUCACCCGACCUCGAGCUAGAGUCGUCGCACUCCGGCAUACCCUCGGAGACGGAAGGGACGGAAACGUCUUCAAAGCUCAACCUCCGCACAAUGCUACAGGACCGAGGUGGCCUCUUCUGGCAUGGAGUCAGGUCACGAAUGAAGGGCUCCAAGAAGCCGCAAGUAGACCUCGGGAAGAUGGUGAACCGCUUGGGACCCGGGGCUGCCUUUGGUGCCAAGACGCUGCUCAAGAAGGAGGCGAGAACUGCUUCGGUGAUGACAGUUGAGCCGACAAAGCUUCUGGUCGUUACCCGGGAAGAUUACGUGGCUCUUGUUGGCUCCAUGGAGGAGGCGAAACGUCGCGAGGCCGCCGAGUUCCUCUGCCGCCAUGUGCUGCAGGUCGAAGUGCGUGCUGGGAGCAACCGGGCCCUUGACCAUUUGCAUCCUGCCCUCCGACAGCGAAUGGUGCGGACAUCGAAGGCUAUGACAAGCUGCACUUUGGAUCGGGGAAGUGUUCUUCUGCGCCACGGCGAACCUGACUGCAAGGAGGUGACAAUCCUACGGCAGGGUGCCGUGGCCUACUGCUACCCGCCGGGCCACGAGGGCAAGGAAGCACCGCGGUCUGCCCGCACGCUGCGCUACGCAGCUGCAGCCAUGCCAGCAUCGCAGAUUGUCACCACAGCGGGAGAGCUUAUUGGUGUCUAUUCCGCUUUGUUAAAGUCCCCAGAACCUGCCACAGUUCGCGUGGAAAGCGCAACAUGCGACAUCUAUCGGGUACCAUGGGCUGAUUUGCAGCGAGUCUUGACGCAGCGAAAUGUGAAGCUUCUUCAUGAGAGGCUGGUCCGAACGCAUGGAGCACGCUGCGAGACGUUAGCGGUGCACACUCCGAAGGAGAUUUUCCACGUGACGGCAAACGCCAGUCUCCAGAAUACCGUGCCAAGCAAGGAGCAGCAGGCCGUCAAGCAAGCAUUCGAGAAAGCUUUCGAUGCUGUGAGUCAGUUCGCUGAGGGAAGUGGCGAAGGACUUACGAGCGAAGCCUUCAUUCGGGCACUCAAAUCUUCCAAGAACUUCGGGUUGCAAAGUGCCAAGAAACCGAAGCCGAAAGCAGCUCCGAAAUUUGUGCCGGGAAGUGCGAUCGCUCGCGAAGCAGAGAGAAAGGCUGCUUAUGAGAAAGGCCUGGAGAAGGCAUUGGUGCAGCUUCAUGAGGCCGCCCAGAAAGCAGGACUUUGGGAAUCCUUGCAGACACUGGAUGUGGACAGGGAAGUUGCAAAAAGCCGGCAGCCACAGCAGAUGGCAAGUUCUCAUGUGCGUGCGCAAUUCCUGAAGGUCCUGAAGAACGAGCACUCCAUGAUCAUGGAGCGCUUCAUUCAGGAAGCAUGUCUGGAUCCGAUCAAGCCGGAUCUGAAUGCUUGGCUCCAGAAGUACAUGAAAAGUGACUACUUACGCAAGCAUCCAGACUUGCAGGAGCUUCAGCUCAUACUUCGUCGACAGAUGAUGCCAACACAUGGUGACGCAAGGCAACAUCAGCUGAAAGACGUGAGCAGUGGCUGA